CCCAUAGACGCGCAAUGUACAGACUCUGUCUCCUCGUUCGACGCUUGUGCGGCGUCGAUCUUUCCGCUCCGAAUGCAGUCCCUUGACGUCGGGCUCGGAAGAGGCCUUUAUAAUGCUCGCUUGCCGUCUCAGCUCACCAUCAUCUCCAUCUCCCACCUUGCAAGAACUCCUAAAAGCGCUCUACGACAUGAUACUCUGUCGCACCCUCGCUGCUGCGCUCUUGAACGUCGCCGUCGUCCUUGCCGCUGCCACUCAGUCCGACUUGCACGUCCAGUGUUACAAGGGCAAUGUCGCCACCAUCGACAUGAACACCGUCUUCUCAACCAUCGAUGCCUUCUGCGCGAAAGCCGCCGACAUGGCCUUCGGUCCGCACACCGUCGACUCGUACUCUCAGCGUGCGUUCUAUGUCAAGAACCAGGUUGUCCUCGAGAUCGAGAAUAAGGCGACCUGCUCGUUCGUCCCCACCGAGAAGGAGUGCAAGAGCCGGAUGCGACGCCCUCUUCACGCUUGUGUCUCUCAGGGUUCGUGGACGUACGGCGGCCAUAUCACGGACGGCUGCGCGACAUACACCGUGAAGCCUCAGUAGGGCGGCAUUUGCCGGAGACGACGAUAGACUAUUCGGAACUUGUUUUUUUACUUCGCCCCUCGUAUCGGACUUUCCCUGGCUUUGGCCCCUUCUCCUCAUGUUUGCCGCUGUCGGCCUGUCGGCCUAAUCGCCUGCAUACCUCCGUUUGUCGUCACAAAAACCUGAUCGCUUCAGAUCCACGGACCAUCUGCUACGCUGGUGACCGACAAUGUUUGCGUCGUGUUUGUUCUGUAACCUAGUACGCGACUUUUGUUCCAGAUACAUGCGAUAGACCUUCGAUUCUUACGGAGGGCGGUGUUGAUAGCGACGAGGUCGACAAACACGCCUUUCAACGCCUCGUGUACGAGGGUGCCUUGCCUCGUUUGUGGAGGACUCCGCCUCCCGCACAUAGCGUGGCGGCGGCAUGACUGCCACGAGGGGGCUGG